AUGCGGGCUGUCGCAAAGUCUGAGUUAAUAUGUUCUGAGUAUAGUCGCAUCCCACACAACCGAAAUGCUGUUUCUUCACGGGACCCUGGGGAGGUAACUACAUUGGUUGGUACUUAUCGCCCUUCCCAGCACGGGGAUGCAAAGGCCACGGUCUUCGCAUCGUCAGGGGUUGCAGAACCAUUUGACUUUCAGGCCGGUGAUGUGAGCUAUAUUCCUCCGUCCUUUGGUGGCGUUAGACACACAUGA